AGCGGUUAAGCUCAAGCGAAGCGAACUCGAAUGGCCGCCACUGCCCUCCCGGCGGCGAGGCUCCCCGCCCCCGGCAUGCCGUCGCCGGCGCGUCAAACACCCCGCCGCGCGGCGCUGCGAGAUGUGCCUCAGCUUCAUGCGACCCUCCUCAAGUCCGGUGCUAUGACCACCUCGCCGGACUCCUUCCACUCCCUUCUCGAGGCCGCCGCGCUCCCUGCGCCGGCCACCUCCUCGGCGCACCUCUCCUACGCGAUCCGGCUGUUCCGCCUCGGUCCCCACCCGCCCCGCUCCGCGCGAUCGUAUAACAUCCUUAUACGUUCCUUCCUCCGCGCAGGUCAUCCGGAAGACGCUCUCCACCUGUUCGUCGAAAUGCUCGACGACACCGCAGUUAGCCCUGACCAGCAUACCGUCGCUAAUACCGUCAAGUCUUGCUCCAGGAUGUGUGAUCUAUCUGUAGGGCGCGGUGUCCAGGCGUACGCCUUCAAGCGUGGGUUCAUGGUCGAUCAGUUUGUGCUCAACAGCUUGAUACACAUGUAUGCGAGCUGUGGGGAUGUUGUGGCAGCACACGUGUUGUUCCACACAGUACAGGUGAAGGGCGUGAUUGCAUGGAAUGCGAUGAUUGCGGGCUACGUCAAGAACGGAGACUGGAAGGAGGUUGUGGAGAUGUUUAAGGGUAUGCUUGAGGUUCGGGCACCGUUUGAUGAAGUCACAUUGCUGAGCGUCGCCACAGCAUGUGGAAGGUUAGGUGAUGCCAAUCUUGGCCAGUGGAUUGCAGAAUAUGCAGAGGAGAAGGGGAUGUUGAGGAGUAGGAACUUGGCAACUGCGCUGGUUGACAUGUAUGCCAAGUGUGGUGAACUUGAUAAGGCACGGAGGUUGUUCGACAGGAUGCACUCCCGAGAUGUGGUUGCUUGGAGUGCAAUGAUCUCUGGGUACACUCAAUCUGACCGGUGUCGAGAGGCGCUUGCUAUUUUCAAUGAGAUGCAGGGUACCGAGGUGAACCCGAAUGAUGUAACCAUGGUCAGUGUGCUCUCCGCUUGUGCUGUUCUGGGUGCACUUGAGACAGGUAAGUGGGUGCAUUCAUACAUAAGGAGGAAGGAUUUGCCCCUUACAGUUAUUCUUGGCACUGCACUGGUGGACUUUUAUGCAAAGUGUGGAUGCAUCAAAGAUGCAGUCAAGGCAUUUGAGUCAAUGCCUGUCAGAAACACUUGGACGUGGACAGCUUUGAUAAAGGGCAUGGCAAGCAACGGAAGAAGCAGAGAAGCGCUGGAGCUUUUCUCAUCCAUGCUUGAGGCCAAUAUUGAGCCUACAGAUGUGACAUUCAUUGGUGUUCUUCUGGCUUGCAGCCACGGCUGCUUAGUUGAGGAGGGUCGCCGCCAUUUCACUAGCAUGACCCAGGAUUAUGGCAUCUGUCCAAGGAUCGAGCACUACGGCUGUAUGGUUGAUCUGUUGGGACGGGCUGGUUUGAUAGAUGAGGCAUAUCAGUUUAUCAGGAACAUGCCAAUUGAGCCAAAUGCAGUUGUCUGGAGGGCGCUGCUUUCUGCCUGCACAGUUCACAAAAAUGUUGAAAUUGGGGAAGAAGCAUUGAAGCAGAUUGUCCCACUGGACCCUUGUCACAGUGGUAACUACAUACUUCUAUCAAACACCUAUGCGUCAGUGGGACAAUGGAAGAAUGCGGCUAUGGUUCGGAAGGAAAUGAAGGAGAAGGGGGUUGAGAAAAUUCCAGGGUGCAGUCUCAUUGAGCUGGAAGGGACAAUCUUCGAAUUCUUUGCUGAAGACAGUGAGCACCCCCAGUUGACGGAGAUAUAUGAGAAAGUUCACGAGAUGAUUGAAAAUAUCAAAAUGGUCGGGUACAUCCCAAAUACAGCUGAUGCAAGACUAGAUGUUGAUGAAUAUGAGAAGCAAGUAUCCGUUUCACAUCACAGUGAGAAACUGGCCAUUGCGUUUGGCCUGAUGAAGUCGCGCCCUGGUGCAACAAUUCGGUUGUCGAAGAAUUUGAGAGUGUGCAUAGACUGCCACUCUGCCACGAAGUUGAUCUCGAAGGUGUACAACAGGGAGAUUAUUGUUCGAGACAGGAAUAGGUUUCAUCAUUUCAAAGAUGGUUUGUGCUCCUGCAAUGAUUACUGGUGAGUAACAGUUCAAGUGCCCUAAGUUUGUAGACAUACUGGAUGAUUCUGUAAAUAAUCUGUAAUUACAAUAUUGACGUUUACUGUUACUCCCUCCGAUCCUAAAUUGUUGUCGAAAUAUUACAUGUAUCUAGAUGCUUUUUAAGAAUAGAUAGAUACAUGAGUUCGUUCUGCAA